GUCGAACAGCGGAUUCAGCUGAAGUGGCGUCUUACAUGACGUGGCACCCUGGUAGACCAGUCUUGAAUCAUCCACGGCAUAUCGGCCUAAUUCGACCAUAAACGAUUCUCUGUGGAAACAUGAUCUGAUUGAAGAUGGCCAAUUGACUGCACUAUGCACAAAUCAGCACAAGUCGUUGAGCCAGUAGUAGCUACGGGUAUACGACGUUAUUCCCAAGUUAGGCAGGUCGGAUGGAGCUUACCCUGCGAAGAGAAGCCCUUUAUAUCUGCGACAACUAACGAGCCCUUGAAAUGGAGAACAUCCCCUUUCCCCGGGUCUCGAAACAAAACUCCGAAGAUAACCUUCGAGACAAGUCUUUUUGCAGGCCCCCAUCCGAUGCUUGAACUUGCAUAUUCGGCGACAUCCCCCGGGACACGAAGACGCGGGCAACAAGGCUCUGCCUUGAUCCCUAGCCCGACAGCCAGCCCCCAAAGAGCCAAGGGCCCAAACCACUAUGGAUCUUGUGCCAAAAACCCUUCUAGAACCCCUUCUUCCCUCGUGUCGCCCCGUCUCAGAGGCUCGAGAUCCCUCCCUCAACUCGAGCCGGCGCACCGGAUGGAACGUCCGGGAGGUGACGGAGCCACAAAGACACAAGAGUCACGGAGUCACAGACAGGCGGGCUGCGCUUCAUCAACUCGGACCCGGGUGACUCGAGGCCCGGUUCAUCAAGAAACGGCCCCAGUGUUCCAGAACAAGCUUGUCGAAGUUCUGCCUUCCCCCCACAUGCCCGCCAACUUGAUCAACACUAUCCGUAACAUUAAAACCGAAGGACCUCACCAUGGAAAGGCGUAAUCGGAAUCGGCACCCCGUCUCGACCGUAACAGCUCCCCAUCAACUCUGCCACCUCGCGCGGGUGGCGGAUACUCCGGCCAUCUGUCUGUGACUGACAGCUGCUUAAAACACAAUGCCUUGAAGGGAUCGGGAUCCUGGGAAGGCCAAGUCAGCCACACGCUGCAUAGCUCCGCUUCCUGUCUGCCAAACGCGACCCGUUCGCGUUGCCCGCCCACCUUCCCACCUUCAAGAUAACUGCGACAAACGAGAAACGCGAAAAAGAAGAAACGAGGACGUUGGUGUUUCCAACGCUAGCGUUUCGCGGUUUCUGCCUAGCCUUUAGGUGAGUUUCUUCCCUCACUACGAGCAACGAGCUAGAACCGAACAGUGAUC